CCACCACGCAUACGAUGAUGAUCGUGUCUGACAAGAAAAAGAAGUCCUACAAACACGGAGCUUUAUGCAUCGAUUGGUGAGAUCGAUCGCACAGCAUAGUUUAGAAUUAUCGCGUGAAGCGUAAAUAGGUGCAGUUCGAGCCGUGCAAGAUCUCCGUUUCAUUUGCAACAUCAUCAAUUCUAGUUAUGUGGAAAUCGCUAGAUUUGGCACUCCUCUCACUUGGUGUGAUCAUACUUUCUAAUCAGAUUUCCCAGACCAAUGCUCUUCUCAAAAGAUGCUACCAAUGUCGUUCGCGAGGUGAACUAGGUAGCUGCAAGGAUCCGUUCACCUUCAACGCAACCCAGGUGGAAAACGAGAGGGGUGUGAGCGCGGUUCCGUGCGCGUCCGGUUGGUGCGGAAAGGUGAUAGAGGGGCAAGGAUCAUUCAGAGAAGACGACUACGACAUGGCCACUCAACGAAUGUGUGUGCAGCGGGGUCCAUCGGAUUCGGAAGAUCGCUGCGCGUACACGGUGUACAAUUACAAGAAAGUGUACAUGUGUUUCUGCCAGGGGGAUCUCUGCAACGGUGCAAUCGGCUCCAGCAUAACGACGCCAGCAACGAUACUCGCAGCGCUUGGCGGCGCACUCGUGAUGCUGGCUAGAUUUCACUAACGACGACAAUAAACUCUUCUGUACAGGAUGCCCGUGUCCGUCCCGUGUAGUUUUGUAAAUUUCUUUAUUGUGUAUUUAUUUAAGAGCGAUGUAUGAUAUUAUAUACAACC